UUCUUCAUUUGGUUCUUUAACAUUUCCUAACUUCAAUAUCCUUUUAGUCAUGGCAAACAAUGAUAAGAAUUCAUCCGAUUCACUCCCUAAAAAUCAUGACCUGAAAAAUGAUGUCUCCAUUAACAUGGGUGAACAUAGUGCUGAUAGUGACAUUGGUAGAGCUGAAGGAGAAAUGUCCAAUGAAGGAAUGGAGAUUCAAAAAACAAACACUAAUAAUCAAAAUGUAAAAAUUUCAUGUCAAAUGGAGGAUCUUACUCUUGGUAGCAAGGGUACAAGAAACAAAAAACCAUCCAAAAGUGAUUCUGCAAUUCUGGUAACAAAAUUUGGGGCGCCCGCAAUGGAAUCGAUGGGCGCUAGCUUUCUCCAUCGAAAAAGGAAAUUUUUUGAAGAUGAAGAUGAAGAUGAAGUGAUGAGUAAAAAAGUCGUUUUCCAUAAUAAUAUUUCUACAGAAGAAGUUAAAGCACAACAGGAAAUGGACACUCCACUAAAAGAUAACAUUUCUGCUGUUGAAGUUGCAGACCAAGCUGGAGUUGGACCUAGUGGAGGAAACGAGGCUGAAGGAGAAGGUGAGUCAUCUUGUGGGAUUGGAAAUGGAAAAGCCAAAUGGAUCAACACAUUUGAUUUGAAUGAGCUUCCCAAUGAUGAAGAUGCUGAAGAAGAUAAGGCAUGAAAUUUGCAUUCAUGUAUUAUGACUGUUUGGUUUAAAACUCUUUUCAUUUACAUUUUUAUGUUUAGACUUAAUAAUGGUUUACUGUGUGUUUGAUUUGUGGUAUGACUUAGAAUAAUUAUGUGGAUUUCAUAGUUGUUAGUUACCUUCGA